CCUGGGAUCUGUUCAAGUCCUUUCUUUGUUCUCACCCUCCACACUUUGUGCAGCUUCGUAACUAAAUGGCCACCAACUCUCCCUCCUCAUCACACCCCACACUAUUUUCCCUCUUCCUCCACACCUCUCUCCUGCUACUUUUGACCAUCUCAUCAUCUUGUGUAACGUCAAGGGCUCAAGGAGGACGAGGAGGUGGUGAUGAUGAGGGAGUUGCGUCGUCCGGUGCCCGGCGGAGGACCGGAGAGUUGGUUCCGGCCAUGUUUGUGUUCGGAGACUCUCUUAUAGACAACGGGAACAACAACGACCUCCCGUCGUUUGCGAAGGCGAACUACUACCCUUACGGCAUCGACUUCUCCGGCGGUCCCACGGGGCGGUUCUCCAACGGCUACACUAUCGUCGACGAAAUCGCCGAGUUGUUGGGUUUACCUUUUAUUCCGCCAUAUUCCGAGGCUUCAUCCUCAAAUUUCGGUUUUGGGUUCAACUACGCUUCAGCUGCAGCUGGGAUUCUAGAUGAGACGGGUCACAACUUUGUCGGCCGCAUACCAUUCAACCAGCAGAUCCGGAACUUUGCAGCCUCGUUGGCUCAAAUUAGCACGAGAAUUGGCAGGGCCGCCACGUCGGAGUCCGUCAGGCGGUCCGUCCUCUUCGUGGGUUUCGGCAGCAACGACUAUCUCAACAACUACCUCAUGCCCAACUACAACACUCGCUUACGAUACAACAAGGAUCAAUUCUCCGACCUCUUGAUUCGACAAUACAGAACCCAGCUCAUUAGCUUAUACAAUUUCGGCGCAAGAAAAUUUAUGAUCGCGAAUGUGGGAGUGUUGGGAUGCAUUCCGAGUGUCCUUGCUCAGAAUUUUCUUACACACUGCUCUGAAGAAGUCGACAAUCUAGUUCUCCCUUUCAACAACAAGGUCAAGUUAAUGGUCAACAACCUGAACGCAAAUCUCGCGAAUGCAAAUUUUAUAUACAUUGACAUCUAUGAUAUGUUCGCGGAUAUCCUCAACCAUCCUACAGCUUAUGGAUUCAGCGUGAUCGACCGUGGAUGCUGCGGCAUCGGGCGCAACAGCGGGCAGAUCAGCUGCCUCCCUUUCCAAACUCCGUGUGAUAAUCGAGAGCAGUACAUUUUCUGGGACGCUUUUCAUCCAACAUCGAAAGUCAAUAUCAUAUUAGCGCGGCGAGCUUUCAACGGCAGCAGCAACUCAGUGUUCCCCAUGAACAUACUACAGCUCGCGAGUUAUCAACCAAGAAUAGGAUUAGAAAAGAACCUGAGGACUCAAAAAUCUUAGGAGAAAGAAGUGUGAAGAUGUGUCUUCAGAUUGUGUUUGGUACUCUGAGAGACAGAAAUUAAGAAACUGAGGCAGGUAUUCUGCUUUUGAUCCAAUUUUUAUUGGUGUUUUGGGUGUUUUAAGUUAUUGUGCACUUCAUAUGAAGUUCCAAUGAUAAGUCCAUGAGGAACAAGUAACAUAUUAUUUUAGUUAUGUACUU